UAAAUCAAGCACAUAUAUAGUUAUAUAUUUCUCAAUAUUCUACUUUAAUUAUUUGUUUUUAGGAUCUAAAGUGAUAAUGGAGGACAUACCAAUGCCGGAUCGACAGAUUCGUCCACCAUGCAACAAUCAAACAGCUAUGCGGCUCUUAGAAGAAUUUUAUGGUUUGAACGCAUCGAGUAUAAUCGAAUUAAAUGGGUAUGAUGACAGAAACUAUCAUGUAAUUUGCGAGGAAUCGUGUACAAAUAUUCAUAUUACGACUAUCAGUCAUCAUGGCUAUACUUUGAAAAUUAUCAACUCUUUGGAUUCACAGAAAACCGAUGUGAUCGAAGCACAAACUGAAAUGUUGAUAUAUCUAAACCAACAAGGUAUUAAAUGUCCUUUGCCCGUAAAAAAUAUACAUGGACUAUAUUAUACUCUGGUCACGUUGAAUGUCGAUGAACGCACUGACAAGUAUGCCGUGAGGCUGUUGGUUUAUCUGCCUGGCGAACUGUUGUACCGUGUUCCAAUUAGUCCAGAAUUGUUCCGAAACGUAGGCAAUUUCACGGCUAAACUCAGUAAUGUUUUGACGGCCUUCUCUCAUCCAGCUUUCAUCGACCACAAGACUUUGUGGAUGUUGAAUUCCGUGCCAAUGUUACGUCUAUUUACCUAUGCUCUGAGGAAUUCAUACGAAAGGGAGUUGGCGCAUCAGGUGAUACGAGUCUUCGAGAAGGACGUGCUUCUGGUCACACCGGACCUCCAGCAGGGUAUAAUUCAUGGCGACUUGAACGAACAGAAUUUCGUAAUGGAUUGUAAUGGCAAAGAAAUAGCUGCCGUGAUCGAUUUUGGUGAUUCGCACCGGACAUGUCUCAUUUUCGAGUUAGCUAUCACACUGUGUUACAUGCUUUUACAAGUUGGCGACGUGGCGAUGGGUAAAUACGUCAUCGAAGGUUACCAGGAACUUAGGAAGCUGACAGAUAUCGAGAAGAAGAUUUUGAAAGUUACUGUUUGCGCGAGAAUUUGUCAGAGUUUGGUUAUGGGCGCUUACAGUCAUCUUCAGGAUCCGCAAAACGAAUAUCUGCUUACCACGCAGAGAUCGGGAUGGGCUUUGUUGACGAAACUUUGGCCUCUUUCACAGGACGAGGUUCUUCGAAACUGGGGGCUGAUGAACUGAAUUCUAUUGUUUAAUUUACUGUCACUGUCAAUUUGUUGGCCAAUAAUCACUGUAUUCUUUUAAAUCUAUUGUCAAUUAUACAAUAAGCAAUAAACAUAACUUUAUAUCAUAA